CGACGCAAAAACUAGAUUCCUGUUCUGACAGUCUCUGAGGCAUUAUGUCUUGCGGAGAUCGAAAGUAUCUGGUGGUCCUGAGGUUCUUGGUUUUGGGGAUAUGUGUCGCGGUCGGUGUCACUUCCGAGUUGCCUGCGAGGUCUCCUAAGCCACAUAUCAUCUUCAUUCUUGCCGAUGAUUUAGGCUGGUAUGAUGUGUCGUGGCACAACCCGAAGGCUCUGACGCCCAAUCUGCAAACCCUAGCCAAGGAGGGCAUCGUCCUUGAUCAGUCCUACGUCCAGCCAUUAUGCACCCCCACGCGAUCGGCCCUUUUGACUGGGAGAUAUCCUUUCACUAUUGGAAGGCAGCAUGGAAUCCUGGGCCCAAGGCAGCCAACAGGACUCACUUUGAAUGCUACUCUUCUGCCAGAAGCAUUGAAGGAAGCUGGAUACUCUACGCACGCGGUUGGCAAGUGGCAUUUGGGAUUCUGCCACUGGGCCUACACCCCUACCUACAGAGGAUUCGACACAUUUUUUGGUUAUUACAAUGGAGGCGAGGACCACUACUUUCACUCACUUGGAACGAAAUGGAGAGGGACGAUUGACGAAGACGAGCAAGCCUACGGCUACGACUUCCGGAAUAACAUAGACGUGGACUUGAGUGUUAAUGGAACGUACGAUACGGAUGCAUAUUCUUCUCACAUCGAGGAUCUCUUGUCCACAAGGAAUCCCGAAGAUCCAAUGUUCCUGUACUUCGCCCUUCAGAGUAUUCACACACCUUUGCAAGUUCCAGAAGAUUACACGAAGCCUUUCAAGUACAUAGGAGAUAUGGAAAGGGAAACUGUAUUGGCUAUGUCGUGGGCAAUGGACGAUGCCGUAGGUAGAGUAGUAAAUGCACUGAAGGCGACGGGUCACUACGACAACUCCAUCAUCAUCUUCAGUUCAGACAAUGGAGGUCACCAAUCAGGUGCCAACAACUGGCCUCUUCGUGGAGCGAAGGGCAGCCUUUGGGAAGGAGGCACCCGUGCCCCAGGGUUCAUCCACUCUCCUCUCCUGCCAAAGACCGGUUUCGUCUCAGAUUCGCUUGUGCAUGUCACCGACUGGUAUGCAACUCUAGUUGGUUUGGCAGGAGGUAAAGUCCCUGAAAACACGGAUGGGUUUGACCAGUGGGAGGCUCUCACGUCAGGAUCACCACCUCCUCGGACAUCGUUCAUUUACAACAUUGAUAAUUCGCUCGGUCCAGAUAAUACGACUCAGCUCAAGGCUGCUCUCAGGAAAGGAGACUACAAGAUGAUAGUAGGAGACCCAGGAGAUGGUUCCUGGACACUUCCGCCAGAAGGGUUCGACACAGAAGAUAUCCUUGAUGGUUAUAACACUCUAGAUGAUAAUCCUUCCUUAGUAGGGAUUCGGCUCUUUAACGUCAUAGACGACCCAGAGGAGAGAAGAAACAUAGCCGAGCUGCACUAUGACAUCGUUGAAGAUAUGCUGGCAGACCUUCUGAUCGAACUUCUUCCGACUCGUCCCUGCAGACUUACCACCAAACGACCCCAGCAGCAACCCGAAGUAUUUCGGGGGCGCCUGGAGCCCCGGCUGGUGUCAAGUUUAAAGGGAAACCCGAGAACACUGCUUUUACUCACGUGAAUAUCGACUUUCCGAAAUUUGCUAAUCACUGAUGGAAGAAUUGGGGAGAAGAAUGAGUCAGUAAAUGUCGUAAAAUCAUGGGUUCUUUUGGA